UCCGGCGUGUUGUCUUUUGGUGUUGAUUUGAAGACUUUACUGCGGAUGUUUUCUUCUCUCGCCAGUUUUUAAUCUGUCACCGCUGCAGCGUGAGAUGUUGCAUUUAGUUUGAAGAAGCGCCUCUUUUGUCCAGCGAGUGAGCCUCAGCCGGGCGGAGACACCGGAGAUGUCUGGCUUCAGCGCCGAGCUCAUAGACUACCUGGAGGGGAGGAUAAGUUUUGAGGAGUUUGACAAGCGGAGGGAUGAGCGGAAAGCCAAGGAGUCAGGAGAAAGCCUGUUAGCUGAAGACGCGGAGGACGAUGCUCAGCCCUCUACCUCUGCACAAAUCCCGGGGAACAUCGCUGGAGUCAGCCCCGGGGUUCAGCUGGCCUUUGCCUCCAUGCUGGGAGAAAUGCCCGAACAUCAGACUUCAGAAGAGGAGGAAGAGGAGGACAGCUUGAGCUAUGUAGAUGACGAAGGUGACGAGGACUAUAAGGUGGAAGAAGAGGAGAGGGGGAAGGUGGAGGUGGAGGAGACGGAGAAGAAGCAAAAGAGAAGCAGGAAGAGGGGAAGUAAGAGGAGAAGGAAGAAGAAGGAGGAGGAGGAGGAGGAGGAGGAGGAGGAGGAUGAUCUGACGGUGGGGGACGUGUUUGCGUUGGAGAUGGAGCUGAACCGAGAGAACAAGAAGAUGAUGAAGGAGCGACGUCAUCGCAGCAAGCUGCCCCGAGCUCUGAGAGGCUUGAUGGGAGAAGCCAACAUCCGCUACGCCAGAGGAGAGAGAGAGGACGCCAUCCUGAUGUGCAUGGAGAUCAUAAGACAGGCUCCUCUGGCCUAUGAGCCUUUCUCCACGUUGGCUAUGAUCUAUGAGGAUGAUCAGGACAUGGACAAAGCGCUGCAGUUUGGUUUGAUCGCCGCCCACCUGAACCCCUCAGACAGCGAGGAGUGGGUCAGGCUGGCAGAAAUGUCUCUGGAGCAGGACAACAUCAGACAGGCCAUUGUCUGCUACACAAAGGCCAUUAAGUACGACCCCACUAAUGUGCGCUACCUGUGGGACCGCUCCAGCCUCCACAUGCGUCUGGGCGAGCACAAACACUGCAUGGACGGCUACCGCAGGAUCCUGUCACUGCUGCCGCUGGAGGACGGCGAGCACUUCAUGCAGCUCUCCAAGGACAUGGCCAAGAGCUACUAUGAGAGUAAUGACUUGGCCUCAGCUCUGGGUGUUAUAGAGGAUGCUCUGGCGCGACACCCCAGCCUGGUCAGCGAUGACUUCAUCAACAUGGCAGCUGAGCUCUAUAUCUCCAACCGCCAGUACAACAGGGCCCUGCAGGUCUUGGCCCAGUUUGCAGGUAUAGUUUUGGUCAGAGCUGAGUCCAAAUCAGACGAUCCGGUACCAACACAAGAAGAGAAAGUGGCAGACGAGACGACAGAGGAGCAGGAGAAGACCAAUGAAGAAGGGCCGAAGUCAAAGACGGUAGAGGAAAUGGCAGCACAGGAGAACGGUGAAAUUAAGGAUGUACAGGUACCAGACAGUGUCCCAGUGGACCUGAGGGCCAAGCUAAUGGUCUGCCUCAUACACCUGCAUGUCUUCACACCCCUGGAGGGACUCGUGUCGAUGCUGAUGGACCAGAGUCCAGAGGAGAUUGGUGACUUGUACCUGGAUGUAGGUGAAGCCUACCUGGACGAGGGCGAGUACAUGUCUGCUCUGCCCCUGCUGUCUGCCCUCGUCAUAUCCGACAAGUACAACCUGGCGGUCGUCUGGCUCCGACACGCAGAGUGUCUGAAGGCGCUGGGCCACAUGGAGGCAGCCGUAGAAAGCUACACUAAAGUGGUGGAGAUGGCUCCACAGCACCUGGAGGCCAGGCUCUCCUUAGCCACCCUGCUGCAGCAGCUGGGCCGGCCGGAGCGCGCCCUCAAGGCCCUGGAGUCCAUGUACGACAGCGAUACACUGGCACAGGACUCGUCGGCUGCACAAAAGGAGUUAAAGCUGCUGCUGCAUCGUUCCACACUCCUGAAGACUCAGGGACAAAUCCAGGACUACCUGGAUGCUAUGAUCACUAUGAUCUCUAUGCUACUUAAGGUGGCCAUGCAGCGAGCUAAGGUGUGUGUACGUUCUGCAACCGUUUCAGGCGUGAAUCACCUGAGGCUGGUGAAGGCCAAAGACAUGCUGCCAGAGAUUGCUGACCACGAAGCUGCCUAUCUGGACAACACGGGUAAAACCAACGUCCUGUCUAAAGAGGACUGGUGGCAGCUGCUGGUGAGCUGUGUGCUGACGCUGUGUGAGGUGCAGCGCUACGAGGAGGCCGAGCUGCUGGUGGAGUCGGCCAUGGAGUUCUUCUCCUUCUACGACAACAAGCCAAAAAGGAAGGAGAUGGAGUUCUUCGGCCUGUCUGCCACCAUCCUCAACCGCAACCACUACAAGGCCUACAACUACAUCAGAUUGAUGCUGAUGGAAAAUGUGGAUUCGCCUCAGCUUUGGAAUAUUUUUAACCAGCUGACGAUUACCUCCCAGCACCAGCGUCACCAUCGCUUCUGCCUACGCCUGCUGUUAAAACAUCCCGACAACCACGCCUUGUGUGUCCUCUGCGGACACAACGCCAUGGUUUCGGGGAGCUUCAAACAUGCUCUGGGUCAGUAUGUUCAGGCCUUCCAGACUCACCCCAACAACCCGCUCCACAGCCUGUGUAUCGGUCUCACUUUCUUCCACAUGGCAUCUCAGAAGUAUGUAGCCAAGCGACAUACGCUGGUGCUGCAGGGUUUCACCUUCCUGUGGCGGUACGUGGAGCUGCGUGGAGAGUGUCAGGAGAGCAUGUACAACCUGGGCAGAGCGCUGCACCAGAUGGGCCUCACACAUUUGGCCAUACAUUACUACCAGAAGGCACUUACUCUGCCUGCACAGAAACUGGAGGGUAUGCCUGAUGAUCAGGUGGAUCUGAGAAGGGAAAUCGCCUUCAACCUCUCCCUCAUCUACCAGGCCAGCGGAAACAUGGAGAUGGCUCGCCAGCUCAUUAACACACACUGCAUUGUUUGAAAAUGCACACAAAUGUCCCGGCGUCUGUGCGUUUUUUUUUUUUUUUUUUUUUUAUAUUUUGAGUUUUGUACUGCCUUGUGUUAAAAAA